CGGGGCGCAUGCGCCCUGCGCUGUCCUAGAAGUUGCCCUCUGUCACUCUACGCGAGUGAGAAGACCGUUCAGCUCCCGUUCCUCGAUGCUGGCGAUUGAGUGAAUCUGGUUUUUGCGCCUAGUCCUUAGUAUAGUGGCAAUGGCGGGAGUCCUGAAGAAGACUACUGGGCUUGUGGGAUUAGCUGUAUGUAACAAUCCACAUGAACGCCUCAAGAUACUAUAUACAAAAAUUCUGGGUAUUUUAGAGACUAUGCCUCAGGAUGCAGCAUAUAGGAAAUAUACAGAGAAACUUAUAAAUGAACGUUUUGAUAUAGUAAAAGCAGAAUCUAAUGUACAAAGGCUGGAAAACAAAUUAAACUCUGGACAGCUAGAAGAAGUGAUUCUGCAGGCUGAAAAUGAACUUUCCUUAGCGAAGAAAAUGUUGAAAUACCGUCCUUGGGAACCUUUAGUUGAAGAACCUCCAGAAAACCAGUGGAAAUGGCCAGUGUAAAUUAACGUUAUUUCAACCUUCAGUAUAAACAGAAUUAUUUCAUUAAAUGAAUGCUGGACAUGA